AUGGGCUCACCGGUAUCUCCCAUUGUCGGCGAUAUUUUCAUGGAGGACUUUGAGGAGAAAGCCCUGCUUACUGCACCAAUAACUCCAAGUUUCUACAAGCGGUAUGUAGACGAUACUUUCACAAUUUUACCAUCAGACAAAGUAACUGCAUUUUUAGAACAUCUUAAUUCCAUAAACUCUAAAAUUCAAUUUACUAUGGAGUUAGAGGCAAAUAAUUCUUUAGCUUUCCUAGAUGUGUUAGUCAUUCGAAAUCCUAAUAACACCGUAGGUCACACUGUGUAUAGAAAAAAGACUCAUACAAACCGAUACUUAAACGGUGAAUCCCACCAUCACCCUUCACAGUUAGCUACCGUGGGCAAAUCUUUGUUGCAGAGAGCACGAGGGAUCUGUGACAGCAAACACCUGGCCGCCGAGCUUCAGCACGUCAAGCAGGUUCUGCACGACAACAAGCUUCGGGUUCCGCGCCUACGUCACAGUGACCGAGUGAAGCCGGCCACAGUCGAGCGUGUGCCUGCUGUACUACCAUAUGUCAGAGGUGUCACAGACAAGAUUGGCUACAUCUUGAAGCGAGCUUCUAUUAGAACAUUCUUCAAGCCGCCGAAGAAGAUUAGUCAGUUCUUACCAUCCGUCAAGUGCAAUAUUCCUCUACAAGAUGCAGGAGUAUACAAGCUUGAUUGUGAGUGUGGUCUCACAUAUAAGUGA